AUGCACGAUCCUCUUCCCAUCCCCGGAACGGUCCAGCAGGUGGAUGUAGACCACACCCUGCGCCUGAGACAUAAUAAAGAGCAACAAGAUAUCGUCCUGAUUCCUCUCCCAAGUUCUCAUCCCGAUGACCCUCUCAAUUGGUCCCGCUAUCGCAAAUUGCUCAGCAGCACCUGUCAAAUGGCCUGGUGCUUCUUCGCGGCCGCCCUCAUCAGCGGUCUGUCAUCCUCCUAUCUCCUGAUCUCCCAGGACACGGGUAUUUCCGUGGCAGAUCUCAGCACAGGAAAUGGCCUCAUGUAUCUCUUCAUGGGCUGGGGCACUUUGUUGACCCAAAACCUUGCGCAGGACUUUGGUCGUCGGCCGGUCCUGUUGGUUGGCAUGCUGGGGUCAUCGCUGUUGCAGAUCUGGUCUGCGUAUAUAACUUCGGUGGGUGAAUGGUACGCCAAUCGAAUUCUUCUUGGCAUUUUUGUUUCACCUCAAGAAGCCUUGAUCGAGCUCUGUAUUGCGGAUAUCCACUUUGCCCAUGAUCGAGGUUUCCACAUGGGUAUUUACAACUGGACUUUGUGGUGCGGUGCUUUCCUGUCACCGAUCGCUGGUGGCUUUGUUGCUGAGAGGUUUGGCUGGAGAUGGAUCCAAUAUAUCCUGGCCAUUAUCUGUCUCUGCUUCACAGUUGCAACGUUCUUCUGCUUUGAAGAGACGAUGUUCUUCCGCCAAGUGAAUAUUCAGGAACCGAUAUUUUCCACUCCCAAAGACAGUAGCACUCUGGAGUCUUCGCGAUACACCGACGGCAAAAUUGAAUCCGAAUCCAAAAAGCCAGACAGUCCAGGGGUUGCUCCUGUCGACUCUGAAGAGAGUUACCCAAUCAAAACAUACGCGCAGAAGCUGAAAUUGUGGGGAUUAAGAUAUCCUUCUCAGCCCUUCAACUUCUCUCGGUCAAUCAUUCUUUCCUUCCGACUUUUAUGCUUCCCCACGAAUAUCUUUUCCGGCCUUCUGGUGGGAAGUAUUCUCGCCUGGUACAAUGUUUUGGGAGGCUCCUUGGCGGAAGUUCUGGGCGGUGCCCCCUACAACUUUACCACGGAGGAGAUUGGUCUUACCUACUUCGCAAGUGUGAUAGGAGUCUCGAUUGGAUGCUACUUCAGCGGCUGGCUGAGUGAUAUCCUUGCCAUCAGGCUGGCUAGAAGAAGACAUGGUAUUAAGGAACCCGAAGACCGUCUCUGGAUGUUUUUGAUUCCACUCCUCGCUCAUCCUCUAGGUUGCCUUCUUUAUGGCGUUGGGGCGAGCCACCAUAUUCCAUGGAUUGGAGUGGUCAUCGGAAUAGCCUUCAUCUGCAUCACUCUCCCGAUGGGAUCUGGCCUAGCCAUUACCUAUAUCAUUGACAGUCAAAAGGAGCUAGCUGGAGAGUCGAUUGUGACUGUUAUUCUGAUCCGUAACACAAUUGGUUUUGCUUUUGCAUAUGCAGUCAAUCCCAUGAUUACCAACAUGGGGCUGCAGAAUACCUUUAUUCUGAUUGCAGUGCUGGGGGUAGUUUUCUGGAGUGGUUGUUUGCUAUGGAUUAAAAUUGGGAAAGCGGCUCGGACAUCCAUUGCCAAAUCCUACUGGAAUCUGGUUGAAAGCCACGGACUUACUGCUCACUGA